AUGUUGUUGAUUGUCGUCUUCCACCACCACAGCAGCGCUGCAAUACCCUGCCCGUUGGCCAUCCAGCCACCAAAACCUGUCUCACAGGUCCCAGCAACAUCAUGGAUGACGUCUUCAGUGAACACCCCACCGCUGGAUGUGGGUCUUGCCCCUCGUCUGACCCACCCACCGACACCGGUUGCACAACGGGGUGAGGAUGACAACGGGGUGACCACUACGACAGGUGGGAACCAUGACGGGCAGGCACCAAUGGGCUCAGCCCAUAGAGCGGUUGACCCCGGCGUGCAUUCUGGUCAGGCUUUUAGCCUGUCAGUAUGUCGCGCUCUUCAAGAGUGGUUUGAGGCGGAUGAUCUCCGUCGCAUUACCUUCGUCUACGUCCCUUCCGCUAUGCGGUGGGAUAUCCAUGGUGAAGCACACAAGUACGUCACCGAACUCAAAGUCAGGGUUGGGCGUCGCAAGACGGACAACUCCAUAGACGCGCUUCGCUCUCGAGCUGCGCACUCAGUCCUGGAUUCGUGGAGUUCCACUUUCCAGGAUCCAACCUACCGAGGCUCCGAAUUCUUAGAGCUUCAACAGCCUGACGGGCGGCCGCUACAGCCAUCGUACCUCAAUGGGGGACCUUGGCUCUCAACCUUCGGACACAGUAUUACUGAGUUCGCUCGCGUUUGCCGGUGCAUAACUGGCCACGCGCCCAUUGGAGCGUAUUACCGUCGCUUCAAGAUCAACGAGCCUCAUGGCUGCACUUGCGGGGCUGCUUUGCAGUCCCGCCAGCAUAUCCUCUUUCGCUGUCGCGACAGAUAUUCUGUACACUAUCCCCGCUUUCUCGGGGAUAUUGCAUCGUUUAUGAAGUACAACCCUACGGCGUUUGGCUUCAACCGGGACCCGUCGGGUGUCGGAUAA